AUUAUCAGAGAUGAGAAACAAUUGAUUGAGUUGAAUAUAAAAAUAUAACAAAAUGGAUAAACCAUCAUUUUUAUAUUGUUAUAACUGAACCAGAUUCAAACACAUUAAACCUUUUAAAAUGUUAUCAAAAACUCUUCUCGUUUGUUCCCUUAUUUUAGGAUCCGUAAUCUGUUACUCGAAUGCAGUUGAGGAAACUGACUUUCUCAAUGCUGUAGUUGAUAAAUACAGUCCUGCUUUGGUCAAGCAACUGAUUACUAAACGUAUCGAGCACAGAAUGGAACAAUUGACUAAACUGAGUUCAUCAGUUGGCCUGACUCGAGAUCAAAUUAACCUUUGCCAAGUUACUUAUCAAGCCUUGGCGACUCUUGAAGCUGAUGUUAAAUCAAUGGAUCAACAUGAAGUCAUUUGUGGUGAUGAUACUUAUCAAAAGACAAUCAAAUAUCUCAUCAAUCAAUUUACUUAUUUGAAUGAUAUGUUUGAAUUUGAAUUUGAAGUCCUCAAACAUCCAGUUUUAACUAAAUUCAAUCCUGACAUACUCUUGCAGAGUCUAACUCAGGCCAAUAUUGACACAGUUAAAAAACAAACUAUGGAUUCGAUUACAGCUUUUGCCGCAGAUAUUGAUAAAAUUGUUGCUGAUGAAAAGACUUCCAAUGAACUCAAAGUUUUAGGUCGAGGAGUAUCAAAUGAGUUGAAAGACAUGGUAAACGUAAUGAGAGUCUGGACACCUCAACAACAAACUUUAAUAGCUCUAAAGACUAAUAUCACCAAUUUCCAACAAUUGAUCGACAUUUUCUACCGACAACUAGAACUGUUGACUGGUGUAAAGAGAUUUUAUUAAUUUCAUGAAUUAAAUGAAUAAAUAAAUUGCAAUAAGUAUAAUCUCAUUCUGAAAUCUCAA